AAAGCCGCGCUCUCUGAAAACCCUUAUUUCCCCAUUCCACAAUCAGCAUUCCCCACCUCUUCUAAUCGAAUCAAAAUCAAUUUCUCCGCUGCUGUGUUCUUGGAAGAAUGAAUUGUUUUUUUCCUAGAAAUCUAUCGACGUUGGAAGCUUCGAAUCCAUGAAGUUCUGAUCACUGAAGCGAGUUCCGAUUAGGUUAUUUGGGGACUAUUGUUGUUGGGUUUCAUAGAUGUCUAAAUUGAGUGGUAAUAAUUCUCCACCUGGGUCUCCCAGAGAAAACCCAGAUCAGAAUUCUGAGUCAAAUUUACUGCCUAAGGAUGACAGUGCACUUGAGAGCGUGGUUAGAAGGCUCCAGGACUCAAUGUCUGUAGGGAAGAGGCACACGUUCUGGGAAACGCAGCCUGUUGGGCAAUUUAAGGAUGUUGGGAAUACUAGUCUACCUGAGGGGCCGAUUGAGGCGCCGGUCCCGCUAUCGGAAGUUAAGCAGGAGCCUUAUAAUCUUCCUAGUGCAUAUGAAUGGACCACUUGUGAUAUGGAUUCGGAAGAGAUUUGCAAUGAGGUUUACAGUCUUUUGAAGAACAAUUAUGUUGAGGAUGAGGAGAACAUGUUUAGGUUCAACUAUUCGAAGGAGUUUCUUAGGUGGGCUCUGCGCCCUCCAGGUUAUUACAGAAGCUGGCACAUUGGUGUUCGUGCUAAAACUUCAAAGAAGCUUGUUGCUUUCAUCACUGGUAUUCCUGCAAGAAUAAGGGUGCGUGAUGAGAUUGUGAAAAUGGCAGAGAUUAAUUUCUUGUGUGUUCAUAAGAAGCUUAGAUCAAAGAGACUUGCACCUGUGAUGAUUAAGGAGGUCACUAGGAGAGUUCAUCUGGAAGACAUUUGGCAGGCAGCUUACACAGCUGGAGUGAUUCUUCCAACUCCAAUUACCACUUCCCAGUAUUGGCAUAGGUCUCUGAACCCGAAGAAGCUUAUUGAUGUUGGGUUUUCAAGGCUUGGUGCAAGGAUGACAAUGAGUAGAACCAUAAAACUUUACAAGUUGUCUGACUCACCAGCGACACCUGGAUUCAGAAAGAUGGAGCUUCGCGAUGUCCCUGCUGUUACUCGAUUGCUCAGAAACUACCAGCACCAGUUUGCUGUUGCUCCAGAUUUUGAUGAGAAUGAUGUAGAGCACUGGCUUCUUCCUACUGAGAGUGUGGUGGAUAGUUAUGUGGUUGACACCCCAGAGACUCAUGAGAUAACUGAUUUCUGCAGCUUUUACACUCUUCCUUCCACUAUCCUUGGCAACCCAAACCACUCAAUCCUGAAAGCUGCCUACUCUUACUAUAAUGUAUCCACUAAAACUCCAUUGCUUCAGUUGAUGAAUGAUGCACUCAUUGUUGCCAAGCAGAAGGAUUUUGACGUUUUUAAUGCACUGGAUGUCAUGCAUAAUGACACUUUUCUGAAAGAGUUGAAAUUUGGACCGGGAGAUGGGCAGCUUCACUACUAUCUUUAUAACUAUCGGCUACGACAGGCCUUGCGACCUUCAGAAGUCAGUCUUGUACUGUUAUAGUUUGAUAUUGUCUCAGAUUUGGUUCCAUGGGUUUGUUUUCUGAAAACAUAUGAGCUGGGUCAUAUAUUUUACUCCUUUGAAUCAGCUGUCAAGGAUCAGAUUUUGCAGUGAUUCUGAGGACAACCUUUGUGUGUUUUUCUGAGCUUUUAAAUAGCUUAGGCAAACUGUUGUGAACACAGAUUGUUCCACUGGACACAUAUAGUUUUGAGAUUUAAUGUGGUUUCUUCCGCAGUUUUUAUAAUGUCAUCUUUUCUACCGUCUUUGCUAUCUUGCAUAAAUAUGCAGCUUAAGCUUAACUGUGCUGUAGGCAGCAUUUUGAGACGUGUUUUUUGUUUUCAAACAGAUACUGUUUAGA